AUGAACAACAUCCUCAACCUGAACAUACGAACCUUGAGUGCGCAAAUGAAUGAAUUAUAUGCUGAGAAUAUGGAAAAGGAUCGCCAAAUACAAUUGUUGCGUGACGGUAAUUUAGAGUUACGUGAACAAAUUACGGAAUUAAAUAAAGACAUUUUGGAGUACAGUGAAUUGUUGGAAUUGAAAAACUUGGGUAGUAAGUUCGCCUUUCACAAAGAGAAUGAACGUGAUUUCAUAAAACAACAAACAAAUCAGUUGAAUGAGGAAAUUCGUAAAUUACGAGAGGCUGUCAACACAGUUUGUUGCGUGGAAAACGAAAAGAAAAAAUUGGAAAAGCACGGAAGUAGCAUGGGCGAAUAUGAGGAUACGACAACAUCCAAGGACAUCACAGAUCUGCCAAAAAGACCUUCAAAAAGCACAAAUGAGCAAGAUGCCAUCGAUCAAAUUAAACAAAUUCUCGUCUUGUCACAGGAUAUGGCGCAAGCAAAUUUCGACUCCAAACGUUACGAAGAGCUCAAAGAAGGCAUGUCGGCACUCCAAACGCGUCUCAAGGAAUUUGCCGAACGCAACAACCAACUUUGUGCCAUGCUCACGGAAUACGAGUCCAAAUACAAGGAUUUCGAAACGCAAAUCGGCAAAUUGUCUCACGAAAACAACGAUUUGCAGCAUCACAUUGACGAUGUGACAGACCACGUGACGCAACUAAAGCGUGAAAAUGCCAAAUUAUCCGAAUUGAACAUCAAGGCGACGACAGAGCUCGAUGUGAUGCGCAAAACUUGCAAAUGUGGCGUCUCUCGUUCAACUUCGACGCGACCUACCACGCCUCCAAAUCGCUAUUUAUCGCUCCAAAUCAAGGAUUUACGGAAACAAUUGACCGACAAAACGGAAGAAAUCGAAAAAUUAAAAGAUCAAGCGAAAAGACGCAAAAUCGACGUCGAUCGAGCCCUGAAACAAGCGAAUUCCGACAAAGAACGUUACCACAAAGAAUGCACGGAACUCGUUGAAGUCGUUGCCGAAUACAAAAGUCGUGUCGCGAUUUUGGAUCAAAAUCUUCAGAGAAAGGAUUCGGAACUCGUGAACGCGUUGGAAAUCAAAAAAUUGGCAGUCAUCAAAAGACAAGAAGUGGAAAAAACGGCGAGCGAAAUCGAGAAACGACACUCGGAUUUGCUGUUGCAUCAAGAAAGUUUGAAGCAGCAACUCGAGGAAUUGCGCGAAGAGUUGGCGCAUGUGAGAGAAGAGCAUCGAGAACGCGAAGGACGAACGAUGGAAGAACUUCAGGCAGCAAGACAAGCCAUUCGGGAUCAGCAAGUGAGGAUAACGCAGCAAGAAAUGAACUUUAAAUUGAUUUUAGAGACACGAAAACAGCUCGAAAAACGCGCCGAAGCCUAUUUGAAGGAGAUCAAGCAACUUAAAACCAAAUUGUCUGACGAAACGAACACCAAACAAGCCUUGAUGGAGCUCUCUGACGUCUUAGAAUCCGAACAGAAGCAAUUAAAGGACAAAUUAUGUCGUCUCACGAACGCCGAUCAGGAUCUCGGAAAAGCCGUUUCUGCCUUGGAAAACCUCAAACAGCACAACUACGACUUGACAAUCAUGCACACGCAACUGCAACGCGACUACAAUUUGUUGCGCGAAAAUCAUCAGCAACUACUUGACCUGCGUACACAAUCAAUCAAGGCACUUGAGACGAGUCAACACGUUCAGGAAGAAGGAGACGCCAAAGAAUCCUGCCUGCGAUCCAAAAUCGAAGAACUUUUGGGACUUAUUGCUAUUCUCAUGAAGGAUCGGGACUACUUGAAAGCCCUUGUGAGCGAAAAACAUCGCGAUAUCACAAUUCUUUCGAGCGAAUUGAGUUCAAUUAAUUUAACGAGUCAACCAUCAACCAUUGAGUACCCUACAAAGAUGCAUCAACCGUUCUUUCCGUCACAAAUGCAUGAAAUCCCCGCCGGAUACACUGCUGACACCCCAACAACUGUCGCAGAUGAACCCGAUGCUGAGGCAAAGUUAAGCGGAUUGCGCCAAUUGACGUCGUCGAUGCAACAAAUGAAGGAGGCGUGGAUAAAUGGCAUCCAAACAGCCAUUGAUGAGGCUUCUUGA